AUGCUGGGCAUCAUCAGUUUUGUUGUUCCAGUUGGAGGAUUUUCCCUGAAGGCUUGCAGAAUCAGCUACAGUACCGCCAUAUGUUCUGGGAGUAAACUCAGUGCUGUUCCUGGAGAUAUUCCUUCGACUGUGACGGGCCUUGAUUUAUCUAAAAACAAAAUUUCAACAAUUCACGCAUCAGACUUCAGAGAUUUGGUAAAUUUGACACAGUUAGACGUAAGUAGCAACAGCAUAUCUCAGAUAGAUAGCGGCGCUUUCACCAGGCUGAUUUCCCUUCAGAAAUUAAAUCUAAAUAAUAACAACCUUGUUGCACUGGGAGAGAAUGUCUUUGAUGGCUUGAGUCACCUUAUUGAACUGAGAAUUAAUCGGAAUCGCAUCAAACAAGUGGCAUCCACAUCUUUUAAGUCUAUAUUGCCACAUCUACAUGUGCUGGUAAUUAAGAACAAUUAUUUAACCAUUUUUCAGUCACUUGAACUGACCAACACAUCAGUAGAACUUGAGUCCCUUGAUUUGUCUCAAAAUCCCCUCACAGUCUUUAGGAUCACUGCCGAUGUUUUUCCAAAUCUCAAGCACUUGAACAUUGGCCGUCCUCCUGGAAAGGAACAAAUGAUAUGGGAUGUACAAAACAAGACUUUCCUGAGUCGUGUGUCUACACUUAAUAUUAGUGGGAUUAAUGUGAUUCCUGAGCAAAUGAGCCCAUUGCUAGAGUCAGUGAACUCAUCACUCACUAAUCUGAGUAUGAAUGCAAUGGCACAUAACCUGACCACGUGGAUCAACAUUUCCUGCACCAUCCCAACAAUGAGGAUUCUGCAACUUCGAUACAACAACCUCAGUGAUGUCAGUGCAUAUUUGAUUAAGUUGUGCAUUAAUGUAACUGAGUUAGAUUUGGCAGACAAUCAGAUAAAAAACAUCCAUGAUGAUGCUUUCAGAUCCCCUCAAAAUUUAAGCAUUUUGAGCCUGUGUCGCAACAGGCUUCCACUGGUUCCAGCUGCAACAAGGAAUAUACCGACUCUUUCAGAGCUGGAUCUCAGCACCAAUAACAUCGGCACACUGGCCUGUCAGGAUUUCACUAAUCAGACAAAGCUCACAAAGCUUUAUCUUUAUCAGAAUUCAAUUUCAGCUCUGCAAGCUUGUCUUUUCAAGGAUUUAAAACAACUGGAAACUCUAAAACUACAGACAAACCAAAUAACCAAGUUAAACGGUGCUUUCAAAGAAUAUUUGCCAAACCUUAGACACCUGUAUUUAAAUGGGAACAAACUCACUGCUAUCUAUAAGGAGGAAUUUAAAGGCUUGCAUUCCCUCCAGACCUUGUCAUUACACCAAAAUCAAAUACAUACACUUGAUCCUCAGAGUUUCAUUGGACUGACAAAUCUUACCGAUAUUCAACUAAAAACAAAUUCUGUUUCACAAGAUGAACUGAAUAAAGGUGCUUUCAAUGCUCUGAUUAACUUAAGAACAUUGGAUUUGAGUGAAAAUCACAUCAAUUACAAAGAAAAUGAACCUUUGUCUGAUCCACCAUUUUCUAAUCUGUCCCAUCUGGAGGAACUGCUCAUUACUUCGCAGCACCACAGGCUGCAUUAUUAUCUGCCGGUCAACUUCUUGCAAGGUUUGACGAAUCUUUUGAGAUUCAAAGCCAGGAACAUCCAAAUUCGUUCUCUGGACAAAGACACCUUUGUUUACACGCCACAGCUGCAAAAUCUUGACUUUUCUUCAAAUGAAAUUAGAGAACUCUCUCCAGAUCUGUUUUUCCCAAUUCCAAACCUUAGAAGCCUUUACAUAUCCAGGACAAUUCUCGACUCUCUAGACUUCCUUAAAGAUGCCAACCUGAAAAAGCUGGAGUUCCUGCAGGCGAGAGAGAAUUUAUAUUCAGUUAUCUGCAAAGAAGAUAUAAUGUCCCUAUCAGGUUUGAUUUAUUUGGAUCUUCAGGGCAAUGGGUUCACCUGUAACUGUGAUAACAGCUGGUUCCUCCAGUGGGCAGAAAAUGACAGACAAACUCAAGUUUUUGAUGCCUAUAACUUUAUGUGCAACUAUCCAAAAGAAUUCAGAGGUACAAUGCUGUUGGACUUUGACACCCACUUCUGCUCAGUCGACACUGGCUUCAUUUGCUUUGUCUCCACUACAUGUGCAAUCCUCUGUUUCAUGGUGGUGUCCUUCACCUACCAUUUCAUGAGGUUGCAGCUGGUCUAUGCCUAUUACCUAUUUGUGGCUUGGCUCUUUGAUAAAAAGCACAAAAACAAGAAAACUCCUCAUCAGUAUGACGCUUUCAUCUCCUAUAACACCCACGAUGAGCCUUGGGUCAUCAAAGAGCUGUUACCCAAACUGGAAGGGGAACAGGGCUGGCGACUGUGCCUACACCAUCGAGACUUUGAACCAGGAAAACCCAUCAUAGAUAACAUCACAGAUGCCAUUUAUGGAAGUAGGAAAACCAUCUGUAUAAUUAGUCACAGAUACCUCGAGAGUGAAUGGUGCUCUAGAGAGAUCCAGGCAGCCAGUUUCCGUCUGUUCGAUGAGCAGAAGGAUGUGCUCAUCCUCGUGUUCCUGGAGGAGAUUCCCAGUUAUCUGCUCUCUCCUUACCAUCGCAUGAGGAAGAUGCUGAAUAAGAAAACUUACCUGAGUUGGCCACAAGCCAAAGAACACAGCGAGCUGUUCUGGGAGAAACUCCGGCAGGCUCUGAAGACCAGAGAAAAUCCAGAAGCAGAGUCAUUACUUCUCACAGUGUCCGCUAAGUCUUGAUGGAAAGGAAAUGUAAACUAUUUAGUUGGCAGCGUGUGUCAUUCAUAGUUUUUGGAGAUUCAUUUUAUUGUAUCAAUACCAAAAGUGACAUACGUUGUGGCCCAGUGUGUAUAGUUCCCUUUUGUUUAAUUUUGUUUUGUUUGACUUUUUGGGUGGUGUUUCUUAGUUCUUCUUUCAGUUUAGCUUCUCAGUUUCUUGUUUGAGUGUUCUGUUAUUUAGUAAUUCGUAUGUUAUUCAGGUUUCCCUUCGUUUGUGUUCCUGUGCCUCUUUUGUUCCCGUGUCUUGGCCCUUCUGUGUUUAGUUUCCUUUCCCGUAGUUUCCUUUUGUGGCAUUUUGAUUCCCUCUCCCGUAGCUCUAGAGUUUAGUUCUCCCUGUGGUUUUUCCUUUAGUGUCCCUCCCUUGUGUUGUGUCUCUCUUUCCCAUGUUGUCAGCCUGUGGUCAAGUAGGUGUGUGUUUAGUCAUAUGUUUAGAUUCCCUGUGUCAGAUUUCCAUGUGUUGAGUCUGCCUGUGUGUUAGGGUUGGUCACUUCCUAUUUUAUUUUGACAGUCUCGUGUUCCUUGUGCUUUCUGUUUAGCUUUGCUUCCACUUUGUAAUUCUGUUCAGCUGUGCCCCUCACCUGCUGCCACUCUCCUCAUUAGCCCUGAUGUAUUUAUUGUCUGCUUUGGUCGUUAUCCUUUAUCGGG